UUGGUCAUUCCUAAUUAAGAGAAACUCCAAUGGCUUCCAUGGAAGUUCCUAAACUCCUUUUUCUAUUCUCUCUCUUUCUCCUACAUUCAGUUUCUGCCUUGGAGAACAUAACCUUGAGCUCAUCUUUAGUUGCAAAUGACAAUAGCCCUCCAUGGCUUUCAUCUUCUGAGGACUUCGCUUUUGGUUUCCAAAAGCUCAACAAUACCAACCUCUACUUACUUGCUAUCUGGUUUCACAAAAUUCCUGAUAAAACCAUCGUUUGGAGUGCAAAUGGAGAUAAUCCAGCCCAACAAGGCUCCAUGCUCCAGAUUACAGCCACCGACCUUGUACUUACCGAUCCUAGUGGCCAACGAAUAUGGAAUGGUGAAAUCAACCCAACUGCAACCGUUUCCUACGGUGCUAUGCUAGACACUGGCAACUUUGUUCUUGUUGGUACAAAUUCUGAUUACCUAUGGGAGAGCUUCAAAAAUCCCACAGACACCAUCCUGCCUUCUCAAACACUGGAAUCCGACACCGUCUUGUUCUCUAGGCUCUCAGAAACCAACUUCUCCAGAGGAAGGUUUGAGCUUUAUUUCGACAAUGGUGACAUCAAGUUCAGUCCGCUUGCCUGGCCAACUGAUUUCCAGUAUAAAUCUUAUUUUAGUAAUGGAACGUCUGCCAGUGGUUCUCAGCUUGUUUUCAAUGAAUCAUUUGAUAUCUACAUGAUGCAGAGCAAUGGAACGAUUGUCCAACUCCCAUGGAAGACCCCGAACACAGCACCUAGUGUGGCUGGAAACUACUAUCGAGCAACAAUGGAUUAUACUGGAGUCUUAACACAGUAUUCCUAUCCCAAGGGCUCCAACGGUGAGCAAAGCUGGUCAAUCGUGCGAUACAUCCCUGAAGACAUUUGUCAUGCCAUAUUCAAUGAUCUUGGUAGUGGUGCAUGUGGGUAUAAUAGCUACUGCAGAAUGUUAAAUGGCAGGCCUACUUGUUCGUGCCCAACUGGAUAUUCACUUAUGGAUCAAAAUAAUCCAUUUGGAGGUUGCAAACCAAAUUUUCCUCUGGGUUGUGGACUUGGUGAUGCAUCAGAGAACCUGAAAGAAUUAUAUGAAUUGCAGGAGCUUAAAAAUGUGAAUUGGCCUCUGGGAGAUUAUGAAAGGCUGCAGCCUUAUAGUGAAGAUCAGUGCAGAACUUCUUGUUUGCAAGAUUGUUUGUGCGAUGUUGCCAUUUUUGGUAACUCAAUUUGUUGGAAGAAAAGAAUACCUCUUGGCAAUGGAAGAUUCGAAAUUGGGAACUCAAAAGCUCUAAUCAAAGUUAGAAAAGGCCCUUGGGAUUACCCUGGUCCUACCUGCAGCAUAGAUAAGAAGGAAAAGUCGAUCCUCUUAGGAUCACUUAGUGCCUCCCUUGUCCUCAAUGCGUUUCUUCUAAUCUUAGCUCCUCUAAUUCUCUUUUUGAAACAAAAGAGGAAAUCAGACAGAGUCAGUGAAGUUUUAACCCCUCUGGAAACAAAUCUGCAUGUGUUCACUUACAAGGAACUCGAGGAUGCAACCAUUAACUUCAAAGAACAAGUCGGCAGAGGUUCUUCUGCAAUUGUCUACAAAGGCAUCCUAAAAUUUGCUCCAAAUAAUGCAGUCGCGGUGAAGAAGUUGAAUAAGUUGUCCCAAGAGGCUGACAAGGAAUUCAGAAAUGAAUUGAAAGCAAUUGGGAAGACAAGCCACAAGAAUCUUGUCCGGCUGCUGGGUUUCUGUGAAGAGGGAGCUCAUCGCCUUCUGGUUUACGAGUUUAUGACUAAUGGUACAUUAGCAAAUUUUCUUCUUGGGAUUCCAAAGCCUGGCUGGAAUAUAAGGGCUAAAAUUGCCUUGGAGAUUGCAAGAGGGCUUGUGUAUUUACACGAAGAGUGUGAAGUUCCGAUCAUUCACUGCGAUAUAAAGCCUGAAAAUAUACUCCUAGAUGAACAUUUCACUGCAAGAAUUUCUGAUUUUGGGUUAGUGAAAUUGUUACUGUGUGGUCAGAGUCGAACUUUGACCAAUAUCAGAGGAACAAGAGGAUAUGUAGCUCCUGAAUGGUUCAGAAAUGUAGCUGUUACAGCUAAAGUGGACGUUUACAGUUUUGGUGUUUUGUUGUUAGAGAUUAUCUGCUGCAGAAAGAAUGUAUCGAAACUCGAGCACGAAGAGAUACUAACGGACUGGGUUUAUGAUUGUUUUGUGGAAGGAAGGAUAGAUGAUGUGGUUGAAUUUGAUAAGGAAGCUGAGGCUGAUAAGGACAGGGUGAGCAGAUGGGUAAGCAUAGCAAUCUGGUGUAUUCAAGAGGAUCCUUUGAAAAGGCCCUCAAUGAAGAUGGCCCUGCAAAUGUUAGAAGGAUCGGUUGAAGUACCCUUGCCCCCUAUUCGUAUUUUCAGCUCUACUUACUCAGAUUUUGAGUCAUCGUCAUCAUGAAAUUAAGCUCUACUGCAGAAGAAUAAGGUGUUGAUAAUCCAAGAGCAUAUAUUACAGAGAUUUUUUUUUAACUUCUACAUUGUAGAUUGCUAGUACCACAUGAAUAAAGCUGGUGUAUUGAUCGAAUA